GCAACUCAUAGGUCACGCCAACCAACACCAAGAAUGCUUAAAACAGUUGAAGACACUCAACUCUUCUUCAAUUAUAACACUUUUAGCUCAUUCACCAAGGUAGUGUGCGAUUGAAGAAGCAUGAGUCCGGUUCAUGGAUUCCUAUUACUGCUUUUGUUUCUUAAGUUUAUGCCACUUCUCUUGGCGGCCGGGGACCAUGGAAGGUGUCCACCUUCCUUUCCUUGUGGAUAUCUUGGCAAUCUCACUUUCCCUUUUACUAUAACUGGACGCCACCACUGUGGCUUCUUGUCCAUACGAAAUUGUAGUGAUGAUAAUCCACAUAAGCCCAAAUUUAUCCAAGUACAAGCAAAUGGAGGUUGGGUUCAGGUUGUAAACAUACAUCAGCUUCUUAGUAGCCCUACUACCCGUCUCACAACUUUUCAAUUUAGAGACGAACAUUUUUAUGACCUUCUGCAGAACCGAAGUUGUGAAGCUUUCACAAACAAUUAUACUCUUCCUCUUAAAUCUCGCUUUGCUACUUUUAGAUUGUCAUACAGCACAAGUCUGUUCUUGUGCAACAAGACCCUCCAUGUCACAACUAUAAAUGUCAGCAAGUAUAAUGGUUGCCCUGGCUAUGAUAUCUACCACAACCACAUCAUGACAGACGAGGAUGUGUCUCGGAGUUCUUUGACAGCGUGUAAAAAGAUUCUGCUUCCAAUUAAAGACGUGCCUGACGCCAAUGACCCAUUUACUUUCCUAACUGGCGAUGUCACUGUUAUGUUAACAUUAACAGAUCAAUGUUCAGAUUGCUACUAUCGCAAAGGAGGGCAGUGUCAACUUGACAGCAGAGAGCAAUUUUCUUGUGCCAACAGUUACGAGGAAACCAGAAAGAAGAUGUGGAAGGUGGCAACAGCUUCGACCAUGGCGGCUGCUGUACUCGUAGUGCUGAUGGUCUUGGUUUGCUGCUUCAGGACAAAGAUCUUCUAUCCUUUGCUUUGGAAGGAAAAUCCGACUCAUCGCGUUAUUGAGGACAUUUUGAAGGAACAAGGACCCCUUACCACAGCCAGGUUCAGUUAUUUAGAGGUUAAGAAAAUGACCAACUCUUUCAGAAACAAAUUAGGACAAGGGGGAUUUGGUAGCGUGUACAAAGGGAAAUUACACGAUGGAAGUGAUGUUGCAGUGAAAAUUUUAACUGUAUCUAAAGGCAAUGGAGAAGAAUUCAUCAAUGAAGUUGUGAGUAUUAGUAGGACUUCACAUGUUAAUAUCAUUAGACUUUUAGGAUUUUGUUUUGACAAUACUCACCGGGCUCUAAUAUACGAGUUUAUGCCUAAUGGAUCUCUUGACAAGUUCAUCUAUGAAGACAAAAAUGCAUCAAAGAAUGUUCACCAACUGGAUUGGAAAAUAUUGAAUGAUAUUGCAAUUGGCAUUGCUCGUGGAUUAGAGUACUUAUACAGAGGCUGCAACACUAGAAUUUUACAUUUUGACAUAAAACCUCACAACAUAUUACUGGACGAGGAUUUCUGUCCAAAAAUUUCAGAUUUUGGACUUUCAAAAGUAUGUCCUAGAAAAGAAAGUAUGGUAUCCAUAUUUGAUGCCAGAGGAACUGCAGGAUAUAUUGCUCCUGAGGUUUUUUCCAGAAACUUUGGUGUUGUGUCACACAAGUCAGAUGUUUAUAGUUAUGGAAUGAUGAUCUUAGAAAUGGUUGGAAGAAGAAAGAAUAUUAAGACAAAAGUAGACCGGCCGAGUGAAAUAUAUUUUCCUCAUUGGAUUUAUAGUCGUCUUGAAUCAAAUUCAGAGCUUGGUUUAGAAAAUGUGAGAAAUGAAAGUGAGGAUGAAAUGGUGAGAAAGAUGACAAUAGUGGGCUUGUGGUGCAUACAAACUCAUCCUGCAACUCGACCAACCAUAAGCAAAGUGGUGGAAAUGUUAGAAAGCAAAGUUGAGUUAUUGGAAAUUCCACCCAAACCAUUUUUAUCAGAUCCUUCAACUUCUCCAGUCAACUUGUCAGGUGAGACAUUAUAAUUUGUGAGAAUUUUAAUAUGUAACAUAUAUUACAUUACAUUACACUAAUUCCUGUUAUAAGUUGC